GGUCCGUAAUGUUCAAAAAGGCUAAAGUCUUAAAUAAGAAAAAAAAUCACCAAUGGCUUCCAAAGAAAACGGGAAGCAGAAGAAGCAGAAAUAUGCAGCAAUGAAACGAAUGAUCAGCUUAAAGGAUCAAAGACUAAAGCCGAAGGAUCGAGCGAAAACAGAGAAAAAGAAGAAAGAAGACCCCUCAGCAAUCAAAGAACAUGAAGUGCCAAAGUACCCAUCCUGUAUGUUCUUCCAAUACAACACUCAACUUGGACCUCCUUAUCACAUCCUUGUGGACACAAACUUCAUCAACUUCUCCAUAAAGGCAAAACUUGAUGUAGUCCAAUCCAUGAUGGACUGCCUUUAUGCUAAAUGCAUUCCCCACAUCACAGACUGUGUCAUGGCUGAGCUUGAGAAAUUAGGGAUGAAAUACAGAGUUGCCUUGAGAAUAGCCAAGGAUCCCCGCUUUGAGCGCUUGCCGUGCUCACAUAAGGGAACAUAUGCUGAUGACUGCUUGGUCCAAAGGGUAACUCAGCACAAGUGUUACAUUGUGGCCACAGUGGAUAGAGAACUGAAGAGGAGGAUUCGAAAGAUCCCAGGUGUCCCAAUCAUGUAUAUAUCUAAUCACAGGUAUAACAUUGAAAGAAUGCCAGAUGAUUAUGGAGCACCAAGGUUAUAACUUAUUGAAGAUUGAUUUGGCUUGAUUUUUUUUUUUUUUCCAUUUCAAUUCCUUAAUAAAUUAGAGCUUUGCAUAUCAAACUACAAAGAUUUUGCACAUUGGGUUGUUUUCUUGCCUAUUUCUUACUUUUUCAUUUCAUUUUUAAAAUGUUGUUCCUUUGUUUUAUUUUAUGUAUUUGUUUUAAAGAAAAUAAAUCUACAGUGAACUGUGUGAAAUUGAUGCUACACACUUGACUGUAAACUAUGGUCUCAAAUUAUGGUGACAGUUAUAGCCCACUUUGACCAUCUGGAGGACUGCAGAAUAUCAUUUAGUACAAUAAUAGUAUUUAACUGAUAACUGAUGUUUUAAAAUUCUGCCAUUAAAUAACAAUGAGCCUUAACCCACACUAAAGUGAAUGUACUGUUGCCUAGGAAAAAAGCCGCAAGUUGGAGUUGUCUUUUGAUGAGCUUGGUGUAAAAUAAAAUGAUAAAAUGUGAAACUCGGAGGUGGUGGAGGUGUUAUCGGUUGCAAACCAGAGCAGAUGCUGUCGCCAAUGUGCAAAAAUAAAAUGUAACAUUUU